AUGUGUUUCUGGGAGAAAUGGGUGAAAGAAGCUGCCAUUGGUUCCCCUCCAUGUCCCCGGUGGCAUCGCAUCGCUGUAGGGGUCGGAUGGGCUGGGAACAUCGUCCUGACAAUAGCUGUGAUAGCACUGGGAGUUUGGGUUUCCCAGUUGCUUGUCUCUUGUGAAGGACAGACCAGAGGAGCUCUGAAUACAUCAGAGAAUAAUGAUACCAGAUUCGUCAGUAGCACUGAAAGCAGCUCCGGCCCGGAAGAUUUCCGGUCUCGCUUGAAAGCAAUACUGUGUGCACCCCACCAUGGCAGCUUGGCAGGGGGCUCUGGGUGCAAACUCUGCCCCAGGGACUGGCGGCUGCGUGGGGACAAGUGCUACUGGCUGUCUAAGGAGCGUAAAGACUGGACUGGGAGCCGUGACGACUGCUGGGGGAAGAGCUCCCGCAUGCUCGUGAUCCAGAACCAGGAGGAGAUGGAUUUCAUACAGGAUGUUAUACAAAGUGCAGGUUACUUCUGGAUUGGACUUAACAUGACACCCCCAGGGAAGAAAUGGACCUGGGUGGAUGGUUCCACAUUAGAUCCAGCGCGCUUCCCAGUCCAAGGCUCUGCUGAUGGGAAGAGCUGUGGUCGGAUAAAAGGCAGCUGGAUUCACUCUGAGACGUGUAGCGCUGAGCAAAAAUGGAUCUGCCAGAAAGAAGCUGCUGUGAUAUAAAUGCUGGAGCUGAGAAUCCACCUUCGUGUCUCUGUAACACGUAGCACAUACUGCGUUUAGUCUCAUGGGGUGGGCUUGUGGCUUUAGGCAGAGCUCUAAGCAGGGCAGACUAGAACUCCGGGAGGUGCUGGGACGCAGGUGCCCCUCGCAGACACAGUUCCUCCCUUCGGUCCGUCUCACUGUGCUGGGGUUUUGAUAGGUCCCCUAAACCAGUAAUAAAUUACUAGGCUGUGACGCUUCCCAGAGGUACCCAGGGCUGGGAGGCACCUCGCUACCCUUGCCUCGAGCAUGAGGGAGCCUUGUCUGUGCCUGCCAGGGGUCAGC